UGCACGUACACAGUGGAAUUGGGUGUUGGCUCUGUUGGGGGGUUGAAACUACCAAACCAGCCAAAGAAACGGCUGUGGUCGUUGAAGUCCCGACGGAGAAACCAAAUUACGUAGCCCCAACGGCCACUCCUACUCGCCUCCUCUCCUAAGAAUUAACAAAUUGACACACACUCUCUCUCUUUCUCUCUCAGACACAAGAGUUCUCUUUCUGAAUUCUUAAAAUUACAGAUUCGGUGGUGCUUUUCGACGAAAAUGGCAAAAGUUAUUCAGCAAUCGGUUUCGAAUCCUUGUCCUUUCUCAAUCCCAUUUCCAAAACUCCCACACUCCAAAUCCUCGAAUUAUUCUCCCAGUAUUUGUUUUCCAUGUAAUUUGCCUGGUAGUUCUGGGAGAUUGAGAAUUCUCUGUGAGGCCGUGGAUUCUUCAAAGAUUGACACGAAGCCGCCCCCGUCGUGGGAUUCUUCGGUGGCGAAAAAGAGUGGGCCCUACCCAGGAGGAAUGGGGCCCUACACGGGGAGAGACCCGAACGCGAAGAAGCCCGAGUGGUUGAGGCAGAGAGCCCCUCAAGGAGAGAGGUACGAGCAGGUCAAGGACUCGCUCUCACGCUUGAAUCUCAACACCGUCUGCGAGGAAGCCCAGUGCCCUAACAUUGGCGAGUGUUGGAACGGAGGCGGAGACGGUGUUGCCACUGCCACGAUCAUGCUUCUUGGGGAUACCUGCACCCGAGGCUGUAGAUUUUGCGCUGUCAAAACCAGCAGAAACCCCGCACCUCCCGAUCCAUCGGAACCACAAAACACUGCCAACGCUAUCGCAAGUUGGGGUGUGGACUAUAUUGUUCUAACAAGUGUGGAUCGCGAUGAUCUACCUGAUGGUGGAAGUGGGCAUUUUGCUCAGACCGUCAAAGCUAUGAAGAAACUCAAGCCCGAGAUCAUGGUUGAGUGUUUAACUUCUGAUUUUCGGGGCGAUUUGAAGGCCGUAGAGACUCUGGUACACUCCGGGUUGGAUGUAUUUGCCCAUAAUAUUGAGACUGUGAAACGGCUUCAGCGAAUUGUCAGAGAUCCUAGGGCUGGGUAUGAACAGAGCUUGUCAGUUCUAAAACAUGCAAAACUCAGCAAGGAGGGCAUGAUAACAAAAUCUUCUAUAAUGUUGGGCCUUGGAGAAUCUGACCAUGAGUUGGAAGAAGCCAUGGGUGAUUUAAGGGCUAUAGAUGUUGACAUUUUGACACUUGGACAGUAUUUACAGCCAACUCCAUUACACCUGACUGUCAAAGAGUAUGUUACCCCUGAAAAGUUUGCUUUCUGGAAGGAAUAUGGUGAAUCAAUCGGAUUUCGUUAUGUAGCCAGUGGGCCACUGGUCCGAUCCUCAUAUAGGGCUGGCGAGCUCUUUGUUAAGACCAUGGUUAGAGAAAGUGCUAACAGCACCGGCUCCCUAUAGAACACCAUCAUCAAAUUGGUGCACAAACAGUUUGCUGUGUGCAAAUGACUGCCAAGGCUGUCCUAAUUCUUAUAGUCUAAAUUUUGUAGUCCUAGUAAAAAAUACAUUUUCAUUAUUUGAGGAUUUCUUUGCAUUGAUUUAUUUGUUGUACAAGUUCCCUUUAAACGCUUAAGUUAGACAUUAUUCUCA